AUGCAGGCAGCGACCGGCCUCAACCAGAGCGCAGUGGCCGCCCCGCGGCUGCCGGCCGCUGCUGGCGGCGGCGGCGGCAACGCUUCGCUGGAGCUGUCAUCGCGGCCCCCCGCGCCCGCUGCCCUCAACCCCUGGGAUGUGAUGCUCUGCGUCUCCGGCACCGCCAUCGCCUGCGAGAACGCCCUGGUCGUGGCCAUCAUCUGCUAUUCGCCCGCCCUGCGCACCCCCAUGUUCGUGCUGGUGGGCAGCCUGGCCACGGCUGACCUCCUGGCCGGACUCGGCCUCAUUCUCAACUUCGUUUUCCAGUACGUGAUCCGCUCCGAGACGGUCAGCCUGCUGACGGUGGGCUUCCUCGUCGCCUCCUUCGCCGCCUCCGUGAGUAGCUUGCUAGCCAUCACGGUGGAUCGCUACCUCUCCCUCUACAACGCCCUCACCUACUACUCGGAGAGGACAGUGCUCUGCAUCCACACCAUGCUGGCGGGUGCAUGGGGGGUGUCUCUCUGCCUGGGACUGCUCCCCGUCCUGGGCUGGAACUGCCUCCAUGACCACGCCGCCUGUAGCGUCGUCAGACCCUUGACCAAGAGCAAUGUGACGCUGCUUUCCGCCUCUUUUUUCCUCAUUUUCCUCAUCAUGCUCCAUCUCUAUAUUGAGAUCUGCAAGAUCGUUUGCAGGCAUGCCCACCAGAUAGCUCUCCAGCAGCACUUUCUGACUGCUUCACACUAUGUGGCCACCAAAAAAGGAGUCUCUACCCUCGCUAUAAUCCUCGGGACUUUUGGAGCCAGCUGGCUGCCUUUUGCCAUCUACUGUGUAGUGGGGGAUCCUGACUACCCUUCUGUCUACACCUACGCCACGCUUCUCCCCGCCACCUACAACUCCAUGAUCAACCCCAUCAUUUACGCCUACAGGAACCAGGAAAUCCAGAGGUCCAUGUGGGUGCUCUUCUGCGGCUGCUUUCAGGCUAAAGUGUCCUUCCGCUCUCGGUCCCCCAGUGAUGUCUGA